GUGGUAUUUCUCCAAAACAAUAGUAAAGCGUCGCUUGUUAGUUACGCGUGAAAAGAUCGAACUAAAUCUUUGUGCGGAACUGUCAAGAAAAUUCAGUUGGAUUGCAUCAGGCAUCGCCGUAUCGCUUCAGUGAUAUUUACAUUUCAUAGUUAACCAAGAAUGGCAGACGUCAAGCAAGAACAUAAUAAAACCGAUGACGUUGACGCUUAUGGCAUGGGCAAUAGUGCCGAUCCAAAAAAUAUGCAAGAACUAACGCAAUACGUCCAGACUUUGCUGCAAAAUAUGCAAGACAAAUUUCAAUCGAUAUCUGAUCAAAUUACCGGAAGAAUAGAUGAAAUGGGAAAUAGAAUAGACGAUUUGGAGAAAAAUAUAGCAGAUCUCAUGACGCAAGCUGGAGUUGAAGGAGGUGAAAAAUAAUAUGUUAUGCAUUUAUACAAAAAAUGAAGAGACAUUUUUCGUCAUAAA